AUGGCAGAAUUUAUUGGCUUUUUAAGAGCAAAGCAACUCGAUAAUUGUGAAAUUACUACUCCCUCUGGAAGUCAAACUUUAAAAUUUCAAGUUAAAUCUGAAAAACUCCUAACAAUUCCACUAUUCACUCAACAAGUUUUAAAAAUUGGAAGAAGUAAAACUAGUGAUAUAAAAUUAGAUAAUCCUACCAUAUCUUUAAAACAUGCACUUAUUUGGUCUGUGAAAUUUGAUUCCCAAACACCACCAAUUGUUUAUGUACAUGAUUGUUCUCGUAAUGGAAUAUUCCUCAACGAAGUUGAAAUGAAAACAGGAGAAACAAGGAUGUUAAAUGAUGGUGAUCAAUUAGAAUUUAGAACUGCUGCUAUCUUUUCUUUUGAAAGUAUGAUUAAUGAGCCAAUAAUGGAAGAAUCACAAAUAAAACCUGACUAUAAAAUAAAUGAGCAAUGGAUUGUGACUUCAAAUCUAAUUGGUUCAGGUUCUUUUGGUUCAGUUUUUAUUGCAAAAAAUGAAAAGCUCGAUAAAAAAUUAUAUGCUGUUAAGAUUUUAAGUGCUAAAGGUUCAGGUCAAAUUUGGAACGCUAGUUACUAUGAAGCUUCUUUAUUAGCUAAUAUUGAUCAUCCAAAUAUUAUCCAAAUUCAUGAUGCAAUUGCAACUAAUUCAUAUGUAUAUAUAGUCCAAGACUUGGUUUGUGGAGGUGAUUUGUUUUCCUACAUAACUAAAGGCAAUAAAUUAAAAGCAAUUCCAGAAAGAGAGGUGAUUUUCAUUAUUUUUCAAAUCAUGAAAGCUUUACAAUUUUUACAUAAAAACCUCAAUAUAGUUCAUAGAGAUUUGAAAUUAGAUAAUAUAUUAUUGCAAAUUCCACAACCUAGAACUAAAAUAUAUUUAUGUGAUUUUGGAACUGCCAAAGAUUUAUCAAGAAGUGGUGGUCGAACAAAUACAGCAGUUGGAACAAUAGAAUAUAGUGCACCAGAAGUAUUCAAACGAAAUCAUAAAGGAAAAUCAAUUACACCAUAUAAUUUCAAAUGUGACAUUUGGUCAUUAGGUGUUGUAACUCAUAUUUUAUUAUCUGGUAAGUCUCCAUUUUAUUCAGAAAAUGCAGAAGAUAUCCUCAUUUCCGCAAGAAAAGGGUAUUUAAAUUUCAAUAUAAAACAAUUCAAUGGUGUUUCACAUAAAGCACAAAGCUUUAUCAGAUCCUUAUUAAAAGUAAACAUGGAUGAUAGAUUGGACAUAGAUGAAUGUUUUGAACAUGUUUGGAUUAAAAAUAAUAAAAUGAAACUUGAAACAUUUUAUCGCGAAAUGGUAGACCAAAAUUAA